AUGAGGGUUUUCCUAUGGAUCUGCGCUAUGUUUAUUGGUACAUCCCACGGAUACGUGCGCCUCACGAAUCUUAAGUGCGAAAGCUUUGACAAGUCAUUUAUGGACUUUCCUGAAUGCCGACUCAAAGUCCUAGGAAGGGGAAUUAUCGCCGGAAAUGUACAUAUAAAGCUCCUAAAAUUACCAAUUAAUAAGAUAUUUGUGAGAUUCGUCGUCUACCGGAAGCUCAACGGCUACCAUCCCUUCCUAUUUAACAUUUCCAAAGAGCUCUGCCGCGCUAUAAAGCAUCCAAAUCGUUUGGACGUGUUUUACUACUUUUACCACGCAUUUUUGCCAUAUUCCAAUCUUAACCAUACUUGUCCCUACACUAACGAUGUCUUCAUAAAGAACUGCACCCUGAGGGAUAGCAUGUUUGCAAAGGUUCCAUUGCCAAAGGGCAGCUAUAAGCUCACUCUCGAGACGGAUGACGGCAUCCUAAAUUGGAUUUCAAUUAUUUCCAUCUUCCUUGAUAUUGAUGUGGACAAAGAUAUUGCUUAA